AUGGGCGACUAUGGCUGUUCGGGUCAAGAAAGCUUUGGAGACAUACCAGAGGACCGAUACAGUUGGUGGAAGUAUGUCAGGGGCCCUUAUACCAACAGGAUUCGUCCAGUUCGUUUGCUCUCCAAGUACACCAGCGGUGAUGUUAGCAACCCGGAUGCAUUACUCAAUGGCAGUGUCACCACCCUCACUAGAAAUGGGCCCAAUGAUAGCAUUCCUUCGCUCGUACUAGACUUCGGUCGGAACUAUGCAGGAGUCCUGAGCAUCGACUUCGCAGGGGCUGAACCGCCAAGUCAGGGCAUAUCCAGUGCGACUGCUCUGCCCGGCGUGACUCUCGCCUUUUCGGAAACCCUCCAGUUUCUGACCAACAGGAGCGACUUCACUAGGUCAGACAACCAACCUGAUGGCGAGAAGUUCACCAACGGGACCGAUCAGAUAGCGGUGCAGAAGCAGCCGUACACGUGGACAAACAAGCUUGGGUGCCAGUUCCCCGAGGACCGCAAGGUCUGCUCCGACGGCUUCCAUGGAUUCCGCUACCUGCGCAUCUCGCUGCAAGCUCUCGAAGAGGACGCCCCGUACACCACCAGCUUCGGGAGCGUUUCCCUCUCCGGGGUGCAGCUCGCGUACUCGGGCUUCAUCGGCACGCCCGACACCUUCGAGGGCUACUUCGAGUGCAGCAGCGAUAGCCUAAGUCAGUUAUGGUAUGAUGGGGUGUACACUAAUGACCUGACCACCGAUAUUUUUCGGGCCAACGACACAGAGCCACGUGACGCUUACGCGCCGGGCCUUGAUGGUAAGAGUGUGCUACACGAUGGGGCCAAGCGCGACCGCGACCCGUAUGUUGGCGAUCUGGCCGUGUCGGCCAUGACGCUCUACGUCAGCCAUGGGGACCCUACCCCGGCGCGGAACGUGCUGGCGGACCUGGCUGAUCACCAGAGGGCAGACGGGUGGAUCCCUCCCGCAAGCAUACGCAACUACACGCUGCCGCUAUUCGACUACCCGCUUUGGUGGGUGGUCUGCUCAUACGACCUUGUCAUGUACCACAGCGACACCGACUACCUGGACAAGUACUUUCCAAACAUGGUCAAGGUUCUCGACGUGUACUAUCCCAACUGCACAAACGCCAACGGCCUCCUCGAAAAAGGGCUGGGUAACAGCGCUGGCUACGGCGACUACGCAUUCCUGCCUCGCACGGGGGUUAUCACCUAUUACAACGCGCUGUACAUCAUGGCCCUGAAGCGUGCGGCCAAACUAGCCAGUUUCCACGGCCAAGAAGAGGACGCCGCGCGGUGGACAGCGCGUGCCGGGGCGAUCGGGCCCGCGCUCAUCAAGGAAAACUGGGACAGCAGCGUCGGGGCCUUCUUUGAUGGCGGGACCUGCCCUGGCGGUGACAACACGACGAAGUGCCCCGUCCAUGCACAGGACGGGAACAGCCUCGCGAUCCUGGCUUUUGUUGGCGGCGACUGGGACCACCGGUUCCCCAUGGGGAAAUCGAUCACAAAGUACAUGUCCAGGGCGCUCAGGCGGCCGUACGGGAACGCGUUCUACGACAGCAGCGCCCUCAGCCCCGGCGACCAGUUCGACCAGCGCGUGUACGCCUUCACCAGCUACUUCGAGGUGGCCGCGCGGUUCCUGCUCGCCGAGGAGGACACGGCGCUGGAGGAACUCGAGCGGCUCUACGGGUGGAUGAGCACCCACGACCCGUCGUCGACGUUCUGGGAGGGCAUCGGCCCGGGGGGCAAGCCGUACCAGGACGGCUUCACGUCCAUGGCGCACGGCUGGUCCACGGGCGUCACCCCGCUGCUGACCAACUACGUCCUCGGCCUGCGGCCGCUGGAGCCCGGGUUCACGAGCUUCGAGCUCGCGCCGUGCUUCCCGACGGAAGAUGUGUACUGGGCGCGGGGCAUGGUCAAGACGCCGUUCGGGAGUGUUGAGGGGGCAUGGUAUAAUAAGCCUUGGGCUUAUACCAUCGAGGUCUCUGCGCCGGCCGGGACGUCGUGUGAUGUUGUCGUGCGCCUUGUCGACGGGAAGACCAAUGUGAGUGUGGACGGACAGGCUGUUUGGACAAAGGAUGGGGGGCCGACCGCGGAAGGUGUCCGUCCUGGUGAUGGCAAGGUUGUGGUCGCUGUUCAAGGUGGGACCCGCCAUGUCAUUGAGGCAACAUAG